AUGUUCGCCAAGAAGGCACCUUUCAACCCGCCGCCGCCCGGCAUAUACAGAGACAACACUGAUCCUGACGAUGCUGCCUCCACGUCUUCAGCCGUGCUCCUUGACGAUGUUGAUGUUUUCCCAGACGAGGAGCUUCCAGCUUAUGAGGACACCCCCUCCGAAAAUCCGCUCAUUUCAGAGCAUUAUGACUCGGGACCAGCCGUUGAUAUAGACCCGUUUGCACGCCCGAUCGCUCUACCCCCAAACCCCCCCUUCGCCAAACACGAUAUCAAUAACAGCGAGUUCAGCACCUGCUUCCCUUUGUAUUCCACCGAUGUGUACAAUCUCGAUUGCUUGAUUCGAAACCAAUCCUCGUACCCCCCGGGUUACUAUGUCCAUGUAAACGGUUCACACCGGGAAACCAAAAGGCAAAACAACAAGGAGACAAAAAGUACGGUCCAGGACUUCGACUUUCUCAUCAACAUUUCGAACCUACUCGUCCCCGCAGAACAUGUUGUGGGGAAUACAAUGGGCGAGUUAGAGUUUCUCCCGAUGAAUAAACGUGGAUAUCGCGGUACAAUAAUCCCGUCCCUGAAACCGGUCGCCGGUGAUGUUGAGUCUGGGGGCGAACGGAGUGCUUGGUGCGAGAGAUAUGUAUCGGAUCGGGCAGGCGUCAAGUCGUUCAUGUUGAAGCGCGAGAUCCGUAACCACGAUAUCCAGAAACUGGAAAGUUUAAUACGCUCCGCGAUUGCGGAGACAAAAUAUCGAGGCCAUCUCCAAGUGACCUUUCCCACCAGCCAUGAUAAAAUAUUGGUAUAUUCCCCCGGUUUGAUAAACCAAUGGCGAACCACCACUUGGCUCCGUUGGGUCUUCUACCUUACUUUCCUCUGGGUGUUCGCCUGGCCAGUUCUCUUCUUCAUCACCAGCAGGUACGAAGUCAUUAAGUCUGUCUGGAUGUAUGCGGAUUUGCCAAGCGGUGGGAAUGAUGUGCGAAGGAAGCCAACCGUGAUGAGCGAGGUAGAUUGGUACAACAGGUGGGAGAGUACCAUUAAGCGGGCUGCACUGGCAAGAAUGAAUGGCCAGGAUGUUGCUUUGGAUGAGGAGUAUAGACUGGCGACCGUGGCUGCUGAUCAAAGAGGGGUGGAGGCCGGCCGAAAUCCAGCGAAUCAGAUCCCCAGAACGGGGAAUGCGUUUGCGGAUGGGGCAUUGGGUCUAUUGGGUCAGGGUUUGAGAGUCGCCGAGAGGUAUAAUGAUGCUAGGGGCUGGGGUGGGGAUUGUUAA